AUGAAUGAACCUUGGAACCUUUUUAACACAAGUCCAGGUUCGCCUACACAACCAAUUUCUAAACGACAGUACCGACUUGCACACCAGACGUUGUGUAUCACCCACAUUGACUUCGAGCAACGUUUGAUCGUAGGUUUUACUCAGUUAGUGAUAUGGCCUAUCACACCAACCUUGAGACGUAUUCACAUAAAUUGCCGUCAGUGUCGUAUUCAUCGCAUUUUAUUAGAAGCAGCUGACAAUGAGUCUGCAGAGUUCGAAAGUGAUCGAAAAGGGCGGAGUUCGAGUUGGGGUAUUUCAAAAACCAAAUUAAUCCCAUCGCCAACUGAUCUCCCUAUCCUAUAUACUGAUCCCACCUUAGAAAUUUGUGAACGUGAUAUUAAAUUGAGAACUUUGGACAGCUUUGAACGCCGAUAUACCUCCGUUGUAAUGUCAACCGAUCCGGAUGAAGAUGCAGGUGAAGUAACAGUUCGAUUGCCUUCAGAUUUCUGGCCGUUAAUUUCUCAAAAAUCUCCUUUUAUUAUAACCAUAGAAUUUUCUCUUAAUAAACCCAAGUCUGGAUUUUAUUUCGUUGUCCCUGAUGGAGAAGGAUCGUUAAGUGAACGCGGAGUACAUGCAUUUACAGCUUUUACACCAAACUGUUCUCGUUUAUGGUUUCCUUGUAUUGAUUGCUCGGAACCAUGUACCUGGAAAAUUGAAGUGACAGUGUUCGAAGAUUUAGUUGCUGUUGCUCCUGGAGAGUUAAUAGAUGCUCCAUACUACACUGAAGAUUUAACACACAAGACCUACCACUUUUAUGUCUCCCAACCAGUAUCAGCCCCUUGUAUUGGACUGGCUGUUGGGCUUUUGAGAUUUUUCCCGACCCACGGCUCUCCAACGGAGCAACGCACUUCUGUCCGAAUGGACUAUUAA